CGGCGGCGUCAGCUGCCACCUACGGGCUGACCGGUGGGCCGCGUCGGACCCCCGUUUCCGCCCGCAGCCGCGCGAGCUAAACCCGACCCAGCAAUCGGACCACCGCCCCUUCCCUCUACGAUCCGGAUCUCCCCACCCGCUCCGGCGAGCCAUCGCCGCGUCGCCUCCACGCGACCGACUCCCCACAACACAUCUAUCUAUCCGACCUUCCCGCCGCUCGCCCGCCAAAUACCCCGACCCAAUUUGAUUACACCCCCUUCUUCCCCGCGCCUCCUCCAAACCCUAGGCGCCGCCGCCCGAUGGACAUAGAGACGGACGGGCGAUUCGGCAACAAGCGCGUGCACAACCGCCUGGGCCCGGGCUCCGGCGCUGGCGCCCCUUCGUCGACCACCGGGAAGGUCUGUAACUUCUGGCGCGCCGGGCGAUGCAACCGCUUCCCCUGCCCCUACCUUCACAGCGAGCUCCCCGAGGCGGCGGCGCCACCCAAGCGCCCCGCUGGUCCCGGGGGGAACGUCUGGCGCAACCCAAACUCUGGAGGACGAGGCGGCGGCGGCGGGCAGAAUAGAUGGGGGAAGAACCCCGGCCGCAGCGGUGGCGCGAGCCACAAGCCGGCCGACAGGCCCUGCAAGUACUUCCUCGCCGGUGAUUGCAGCUACGGUGAGAGGUGUCACUACCCCCACAGCUACUGCAUAAGCGACAGCAUCACGAUGCUCACCCCGCUCAUGGGCCACGAGAAGGUUAUUACGGGUAUUGCACUGCCUGCUGGGUCGGGCAAGCUGUACUCUGGGAGUAAGGACGGAACGGUGCGGAUGUGGGAUUGCCAAACCGGGCAGUGUGCUGGUGUCAUCAAUAUGGGUCGUGAGGUCGGGUGUAUGAUCAGCGAGGGGCCGUGGUUGUUUGUUGGAAUACCUGAUGCCGUGAAGGUUUGGAAUAUGCAAACAGCAGCGGAAAUGAACCUUACUGGACCAACUGGGCAAGUCUAUGCGCUCGCUGUUGCCAAUGAGCUACUCUUUGCAGCAACACAAGAUGGGAGGAUAUUGGCAUGGAGAUUUAGUGCCACAUCGAACUGUUUUGAACCAGCUGCUUCUCUUGCUGGCCAUAAGCUUGCUGUUGUUUCAUUAGUAGUAGGAGGUGUGAGGCUUUAUUCUUCUUCGAUGGAUAAAACCAUUAGAGUGUGGGAUUUGGCAACAUUGCAGUGCAUACAGACUCUUUCUGAUCAUACAGAUGUUGUUAUGUCUGUGCUGUGCUGGGAUCAGUUUCUGUUAUCUUGUUCUUUAGAUCAAACAAUAAAAGUCUGGGCAGCUACAGAGAGUGGAAACUUAGAAGUAACAUACACACACAAAGAGGAGCAGGGUGCACUUGCUCUCAGUGGUGUGCCUGAUGCACAGUCAAAACCUGUGCUACUAUGUUCAUUAAAUGACAACACUGUCCGCCUAUAUGACCUGCCAUCGUUCAGUGAUAGGGGCAGAAUUUUCUCUAAACAGGAAAUUAGGGCAAUACAAAUGGGUCCUGGUUGUUUAUUUUUUACCGGGGAUGGAACUGGUGAGCUGAAGGUUUGGCAAUGGGUAAUAGAUGGAGCCCAAACCUGAUGGACAUACUUUCUAGAUUUGUUUUCUCAUGUAUUUUAUGAGGGAUUUAUCACAAAUAUGCAUAAUGAGUUGAGGUGUGGCUGGUGGUCAGUUCUUUUUUGUGAUAUGCCCUACAUUUAUUCACAAAGGAUAUGAGAUUCAGUCGAUCUGGCUUGCAGUUGAAAGUACAAGCAGAGCCUAUGUAUUAUGGACUGUAGUUUUGUCCUGGAUCCUGCCCUGGAAUGAAUUUCACAUCAAGAGAAUAAUUGCUUGUAAUUUGCAAAGCACUGGAAUCAGCAAGAAUAUGAUCGUUGCUCGGAGGUGCUGGUAAUAUCAAAAGGAUGUGCUAAUAUAAAGGCUGUUCAGCUGCAUUUGUA